UUUUAGAGAAUGCAGUUUCAAAUGAUUGGAUCUGUAUUGAGGGUGUAAUUCAUGAUGUUAGCAGUUUUAUGGAUGAACACCCUGGUGGUAGAACUAUUCUCGCUACUUCCCUAGGAAAAGAUGUAACCACUGCAUUCAACGGUGGUGUUUAUAGUCAUUCGAAUGCAGCUAGGAACUUGAUGUCUUCUCUUCGUGUUGGCGUUAUUUCUGGUGGUGGUGAAGUUGAAUCUCGCAAGAAAAAACAAUAA